ACAGCUUCAGUUUAUACUCAUGGAGCCAUCUGCAACUAACGGUAUUCGUUCGUUUUGUUUAUAAAUACGUUUAGAAUAUUAUCUAAAAGGUAACUAUGGCAGUAAAAAUUGUGCUUAACAUCCGUCGAGAUUUUCUUCGUGAAUUAGGUGUAUUUUACAAUUGCGACGUACAUCCAUUACUUCGACCCAGGAAACUCAAUAGUCCAAAAGAAGAGACAUGAAUUACAAUUAGCAAAUUUGAGGGAAGUUAUAGAAGAAUCAUUGUAUAAGAAAUGGUUACUGAAGGCUACAAGACGAUGGUCGCUGCAGUUGCUCGUGCAGGGAACUGCUCCCCUGACUCAGUCAGAUGCGGAGUGUUGCAUCGUGGUCCCGGAUAUAUGGGAAUGGUCCGCGUCACCUGUCCUCUCACAGCGGCGAAGAAGAUAUCAGAUGCCGGUCGCCUCUUCGUAGGGUGGAGCUCGGCGAAGGUAUGCGUAUUGGAGCAGCACCCUUUGCGCUGCUUCAAGUGUAUGGGCCUUGGCCACACGAAGGUGCUUUGCCCAUCCAAAGCGGAGCGGGGGGGUCUAUGCUUCCGGUGUGGCGUAGAUGGCCACAAGUCGGCGGGCUGUACCGAGAAACUGCGCUGUGCUGUGUGCGCAGACGCUGGCAAGCCCUCUGGGCACGUGAUGGGAUCAGGGGAGUGCAACCCCCCCCAUCACAAAGGGUACGGUGGUCUUAGGCACCCAGACUACCACCAAUGUCGGACGGCGCCAGGCCGAGGAGGAAGUUUCAAUGUCAACAUGAGCACAAACAUAAAGUUCCUCCAGACGAACGUCAACCACUGCGCCGCGGCGCAGGACCUGCUGCUGCAGUCCAUGGCGGAGUGGCAGAUCGACCUGGCUGUGGCCUGCGAGCCAUAUUAUGUCCCUCCCCUACCUAACUGGUUAGGAGACUUGGACGGCACCGUGGUGGUUACUACCCGGAGUGAAACGAGUUCUCUCUCACUCAUUGAGAGGAGCUCGGGUUACGUAGUGGCAGGGUGGAGAGAAUUCGUUGUUGUGGGUACGUACUUCUCUCCCAACCGCGGCCUGGCGGAGUUCCAGAUUUAUCUCGGCUCGAUCAGAGCUGCGCCUACUGAUCUCUUAACUGGGUCGCGUCGGCGACUGCGCGACUAUGUGCUGCGUCAGCGAUCCUCCCUGAGGUGCUGUACGUAA